CCUGGCGGGUGUCGGCUCGACUCGACUGGGGUGAUAUAAAGGCCGGCGCUUCACCGUUCACUCAGGCGGGGCGAGACAAGCGGGAUGGCGAGCUCGGCAGCCGUGGACGUCUCCCAAUUCGACCACACUCCUUAUUACUGUGAAGAGAAUGCCUACUUUCUUUGUAAGAACUUAUGUGCAAAUGGGAUGGCUCAACCUGAUGGAUCCGACCUUUAUAUCAUCUUCAUUUCCAACGACAAGAAGCAGAUUGCACUGUGGCAUCAGAAGGCCAGCAAAUUCACGGAUGGACUUGUACUCUGGGAUUAUCAUGUCAUCUGUGUUCAGAGAAAAACAGACUCCUCUAUUGUGGUGUGGGAUUUGGACUCUGCCCUCCAGUUUCCUUCUCCCUUGGCUUUCUAUGUUUCUGAAACUACACGACCCUGGUUUCAGCUGUUUCCUGAGUAUCAGAGGUUCUUCCGCAUUGUGCAUGCUUCAAUAUUUCUACGUCACUUUGCAUCUGAUAGAAGACAUAUGAAAGAGCCAGAUGGGACCUGGCAAGCUCAACCUCCAGCAAAUGAUCCAAUUGUUGCUGAAGAUGGAACAGUGCACAAUCUGAAUGAAUACAUGGACAUAAAAGCUGCAGAUGCUGUUGAAAAUGUGGACGACGGGGUGAUCAAUACAGUUCACUCGGAAAAGCUUGGCGUAGUUAUAAAACAAGAUCAGUUGGAAAAAUUCUUUACACACGUUACAUGAUUGUAUGGCAAGUUCUUUUGAUCGAGAAGGCUCCUGGUAUAGGUUGGACAAUUUUCAUCCUUUUAAUGGCAUUGCGUGGAUUCGGAUGCUGCGGGUGCACUUAUUAGUGGACUUGCUAUUGUUGAGUGGAUAGAGUUGGCUUGGAAAUUUUGCGAUGUGUAUAAGUGUUGGACCAUACACCCGAAACAGGGUUAAAUGUAGGCGGAAUUGAGUUUCUUGAUGAGCUUUUGGGUUUGAUUUCUUUGUUUUUCCUGUCAGGUUGAAAUGCAGAAUCCUGGCAUAUUGAAGGUGUAUUAUCAAACCUCCGCGAUUGCAGUUUUUA